UUCAUGGAAGAAAAGGAAAGCUCCUUCUCUGGCUCACUCGGCAACUCCGACACCGACUCACCCCCACCCAACUCCUUCAACCACACCCUCGACGUCUCGUCUCAGGUGGUCAACACGGCGGUCAACGUCACCUCAGACACCACACUACUCGUUCCCACUCCAACAGCACCACCACCAACAACAACAACAACAGUUGCAGCAGUUACAACAGCACAAGCACUAGUUGCACCAAACACAGGUGGUGUUGUUGGAGUUCAAGGAAAUGUUGACUUGUCUGGGAAGAAGAAGAGAGGGAGACCCAGAAAGUACGAUGCUGAUGGGAACUUGAGGCCGGGCCAGACCCACAACUCGACUCACGUGACUCACGUGUCGCCGCCGCCAGGGUUUUAUCUCUCGCCGGGUUCUCCCAAUCCUUCAGAGUUUUCUGUAAAGAAGGGAAGAGGAAGGCCGGCUGGAUCCGGCAACUGGCAGGUUCUUGCUUCUUUAGAUACAGCAGGUAACGACUUCACACCACAUGUGGUUACUGUUGGCACUGGAGAGGAUGUUGCAGGGAGAAUUCUUUUGUUUUCUGAGAAGGGUCCUCGAGGGAUUUGCAUUCUCUCUGCUAAUGGAGCUGUCUCAAAUGUCACCAUUCGCCAACCAGGUUCUACUGGUGGUAUUUUGACUUAUGAGGGCCGUUUUGAGUUGUUGUCUUUAUCUGGGUCGUUUACAGUCACUGAGAUUGGUGGCAUAAGAAGCCGGACUGGCGGCUUGAGUGUCUCAUUGGCUGGACCGGAUGGUCGGGUGAUUGGUGGUAGCAUUGCUGGUAUGCUAACAGCUGCGAGUCCUAUCCAAAUUGUGGUUGGAAGCUUUAUGCCGAAUGGCUGUAAGCCACAAAAGAAGAAAUAUCAUCGUGAGAACACAGUGGCUUCUCCAAUAUCAGGUGCACCAGAUACAGUCACCGCAGCAACACCUAUCUCGCAAGCACAACCUGAAACUGAGAACAGGUUUACCCCAAUAGUCCAUUUACCAGCACAAAGCCAUGGAGAAUCAGAUAAAGGCAUGAGCCAAAACCAGAACUUCAAUUUCACACCCACUAGUGCUCCCAUUUUCAUGCCUACUAAUGCUGGUUGGAAUGGAAUGGAGUUGAAGUUGGAACAUAGGCCAUCUCCAGACAUUAAUCUAUCUGUUCCGGGUAAUUAGAGUGAUAAGUCAUUACAGGCUUCACAGCACACGGUCAUGUUUUCCAGUCACAGACGUGUGUGCAUUUACUAGAAUAUCAUGUCUUAUGUUUGUAGCUUGAUGAUUGCUUCAUUUCCCAGGAAGACAAAUUGAGAGCAUCAACCUAAUCAUUCUUUAUCAAUUAUUGUUGUACCUUUGAGAUUUAUUG